CAGGCAGCCAGAAGAUUCUGGCACAGUGCACGCGCGAACAGUGCGCGCGCCGCCGGUUGACGAGCUCGUUUCCAGGGUUGAGGAUGACGUCAGGAGGAGACCUAGCGGACUCGAGACAGUCUGCGAGAAACAAAUAGUAGUACAAUAUGAAGACUCGGAGUCUCGCUCGUUUCUGUAAAAUCGCUUUUGUCAGUUUAGUCAUUGACUGUAUUUGUGCUGUAAAUGGAGAUUACUGCAAGGUAAACCUGUGUCAGAAUGGAGGAACGUGUGUGACUGGCAUCGGACAAGAUCCCUUCCUUUGCAUCUGUGCUGAGGGAUUUACCGGAGAUGCUUGCAAUGCCACAGAGAGCGGUCCGUGUAACCCAAACCCGUGUAAAAAUGAUGGGAUGUGUGAGGUGAUCACUAACUCUAGAAGAGGAGAUGUUUUUAAUAAUGAGUAUGUGUGCAAAUGCCAACCGGGAUUCAAGGGGGCACACUGCCAAAUCAAUGUGAACGACUGUGCAAACCAGCCAUGUAAGAAUGGAGGCGUAUGUCGUGAUUUGGAUGGAGACUACAACUGCCAGUGCCCUUCCCCAUACGUUGGGAAGCAAUGCCAGCAACGUUGUACAUCUACAUUGGGGAUGGAGGAAGGAAAAAUUGUUGAGUCCCAGAUCUCUGCUUCUUCUGUGCACCGUGGACUAUUUGGACUACAACCCUGGGGACCCGAGCUUGCUCGCCUCAACAACAGAGGCAUUGUCAAUGCUUGGAGCCCUGCACCUCAAGACAAGAGCCCCUGGAUUCAGAUCGAUAUGCAAAAGAAGAUGCGUCUCACUGAGAUCAUUACUCAAGGAGCAAGUCGCAUGGGGGUAGCUGAGUUUAUCAAAGCUUUUAAAGUAGCGUCCAGCUUCGAUGGCAAAACCUACACAGUUCACAGAGCUGAUGGCCAGAGAAAAGUCAAGGUGUUUGUGGGUAAUACAAAUAAUGACGGAACCAAGACAAACAUGUUUGACCCUCCAAUAGUGGCCCAGUAUAUUCACAUCAUUCCUGUGGUGUGUCGAAAAGCUUGUACUCUACGAAUGGAACUUGUGGGCUGUGAGCUAAAUGUGCACUCCAGCACAUUUAGUUGCACUGAUCCGCUGGGCAUGAAGUCACGUCUCAUCUCUGACGUGCAGCUCUCAGCAUCUAGUGCCUACAUCACCUGGGGUAUUGAUGCAUUUACCUGGCACCCUCAUUAUGCUCGUCUGGACAAGCAAGGCAAGACUAAUGCUUGGGCGGCAGCUACCAACAACCGCUCAGAGUGGCUCCAGCUGGAUUUGGAGAAACCCAAAAGAAUCACUGGCAUCAUCACUCAGGGAGCGAAAGACUUUGGAAUUGUGCAGUUUGUGUCAGCUUUUAAGAUUGCAUACAGUGAUGACGGACAGUCAUGGAAUAUUGUGCAGGAUCAAACCUCAGGAAGAGAUAAGAUUUUUCAAGGCAACAUUGACAACAACACACAGCAAAAGAACUUGUUUGAACCUCCCUUCUUUGCCCGAUUCGUACGCUUUUUGCCCUGGGAGUGGCAUGAGAGGAUAACUCUACGUAUGGAGUUGCUGGGCUGUGAUGAUUAGAAAACAUGCCGCACACUGCUUUGACCUGAACUCUGUAUUUCUAGUUGUAGAAUGGUGCUGAAGUUUUUCUAUUAUAUAUACUUCAAUUUAUUUGGAUGACAUGUACUUCGAACUGUAUAUAAACAACAACAAAAACAUGUCAAGCUUUUCGGUACAUUGUUAAAAUUGUUGUAGGACUACAUCAUUUAAAAGUUUCUGUUAGAUUUAUAGUGGUAAUUAUUUAGAUCUUUUUUUCAAGAAGUUGAUGGUUUCAUGAAAACACCUAAUAAAUGUCAAAUAAUACAUAAGCCUGGAGGAACGGAGACUAAUAUUAACACAUUUUUUUGCAUCAUAACCACUUACAUUGAUGUAUUUUACAUAAUCCAAUGUCUGUCUUUAUUUACAAUAAAGUAUAAUUUACAGAGAGAAAAUGUGAUAAAUUGACCUGCACAUCCUUCAUUUUAUAAUUUGUUUUUAAUCAAAUUGCAAUUGUGCAAAUAAUUGUUUGCGAUCUGUUAAUGUUUUGUAAAAUAAUGCCUUUACCAAUGUCAUUAAUAAAUUUGAAGUUCAA